AUGUCUCUGCUUCUCAGCCGGCUAUCGAAGCUCUGCGUUGGGAAACCCGAUUUGGUGAGAAGAUCAUCUCUUCUUCUCCUCUCUAAUGGCUUCUCUUCUUCUUUGCUGCAAACCCCUCCUUGUCGGACCCUCACCGCUCAUCCAUGUGGAGACGAUGAGGAUGAGUAUCUCGGGAAACUCGUGAUUAUGAAUGCUAAUGAAUCUCGUUUCACUUAUUUGGAAAAGAAGGUGCCCCUCGAGAUUGUUGAUCCUGAUGAGAGGAUAACGAUCGGGGCAUCUCAUGGAUGGGUAGCUACUCUCAAGGACGACGGGAUCCUGCGUCUCCAAGACGAUCUCAACCCUUAUGCGUCCGAUACAGACCCGAAACGCAUCCCUCUGCCUCCUCUUGUGACUCUGCCUCAUUGCCAAACCCAUAUCGUCACCAACGUGGCCAUGUCCUCUUCUUCUCCAGAGGAUGAAGACUGUGUCGUGGCUGUCAAGUUCUUGGGACCCCAGAUCAGCUUUUGCAGACCCGCUAACAAACCGGAGUGGAGAAACAUCAGGAUCGAAAACCCUUGCUUCUACUCCUCCCGAGUCAUGUUCUCCAAGAAACAUGACACGUUUCGCAUUCUCGGAUCUGGAGGAACACUUGGUCGAGUCAACAUCCACCGGUGA